AGAGAGAGAGAUAUUUAUGAUUGAUUUUGGUGAGUAAAGUGCGGGCACACAUGGCAGCUGUCUCCAGCCCAUGUUGAAGCAGUUAUAUAUCCCUUGUUAGCAUAUUGAGUUUUGAGUCCCAUGUCCCAACCCUUGGUGAAUUUCUGAGCAGUGAGCAGCAUGUUGUCAUUAUUCCCUAACUUGUUCCUCUUCCUAUCACUGUUAAUUGGUCUAUGCAAUUGCAGGGUGCAAACCCUAAACACUAACCCAACUCACUUCAACCCACAGGUCCCACCCCUCCGAACCCUCUCGUCCUCGAAGCGCUUCGAGGGGUCCUCGGAGUUCGUCAAGCUGAAAUACCACAUGGGGCCUGUGCUUUCAUCUCCGAUCAAUAUCUACCUCAUCUGGUACGGCAAGUGGCCCCAAUCCCAGAAGCUCCUCAUCAAGGACUUCCUCAACUCAAUCUCCGACCACCGCGCCGCCCCCUCCCCCUCCGUCUCCGACUGGUGGCGCACCGUCUCCCUCUACACCGACCAGACCGGCGCCAACAUCUCCCGCUCCGUCUCCAUCGCCGGCGAGUACUCCGACCUCCGCUACUCCCACGGCACCCACCUCACGCGCCUCUCCGUGCAGGAGGUCAUUGCCACCGCCGUCCAGGCCAAGCCCUUCCCCGUCGACCACCGCAACGGGAUCUACCUUAUCCUCACCGCCGAAGACGUCACCAUGGAAGACUUCUGCCGCGCCGUCUGCGGCUUCCACUACUUCACCUUCCCGUCGAAGGUGGGCUACACGCUCCCUUACGCGUGGGUGGGGAACUCCGGAAAACAGUGCCCCGAGGUUUGCGCUUAUCCCUUCGCCGUCCCCGGGUACAUGGGCGGCGGCGGACCCGGCCACCUCACGCCGCCGAACGGAGACGUCGGGGUGGACGGCAUGGUGAGCGUGAUCGGGCACGAGCUGGCGGAGCUCUCGUCGAACCCGCUCGUGAACGCAUGGUACGCCGGCGAGGACCCCACCGCGCCCACCGAGAUCGGAGAUUUGUGCGAGGGCUUGUACGGAACGGGUGGUGGCGGCGGCUAUAUUGGUUCCGUUAUGAAAGACGGCGAAGGGAGAACGUUUAAUCUUAACGGUAGGAAUGGACGGAAGUUUCUGGUGCAGUGGAUUUGGAGCCCCGUUUUGAAGGCCUGUGCUGGUCCCAAUGCUUUGGAUUGAGUUCCUUCAUACUCUUUUUUUUUUUCUUUUUUCUUUUUACCCUAUGUAUCAUACCUAAUGAUGCUGUAUCAUUUUUAUUUUUUUUUAUUUCUCUACUUAACGAAAUUCAUUUUUAUUUAUUGCUCGAUCCUUUCUGCGGUUUUUGAUUUGAGUCCCUGAGCUGAUUCAUAAUCACCAAUGAAUGGGCUUUAAUCAAAGUGCCAUUUGAGUG